AUGGAUUUAAACGAGAAUUCGGUGGUGACUAGGCGCCCAGACUGCGUGGCUAAUGCAAUAGUACAGCGAAGCGCCAAAGAUCCUAAGAAACAGACCGCAGCCCAGCGAGGCGCGGUGCCUGGUUUCUGGAUACCCACGUCGCCCGAGGAUUGGCAUCAACUCGUGUUAGCCGCAAAGCUCACCAAACAAACCAUCAACACUCUUCCUGCCGUACUGUUUGGCUCCGGAUCCGUAGCAUCUCAAAGCCAAUACCUGAUGACGCGAGCCUUCUCUCCGGUUAUGGAAUUUGGUGCCCGUUAUGCUCUCACAACACGAAUGAAGGAGUUCGGGUUCAACAAGGGCCUCAAGCCUCAUUGA